UACAGUUAUGGAGGAGAGGGUGACCUUCAUCGACAUUACGACAGCUGUAAGAAGAAUCCAGGUCACAAGAACUUUAUACCUGUAGACAAGUUCAGUGUAGAAGAUCUCCCCGAGGAUUAUCGGGACAAAAAUGUUGUGAAUUAUAUCCGAGCAGUAUCAGACCUGACAGUUCGUGUGACAGUCAACUAUGUCAGUGACAAGAGACCAGCGACUGCUCCUGGUAGUCAAAAGCCUUAUCCAUAUUACAAUGUCAGAGGUCAGCGGAAGAUGACAGCGGGGACAGGGUGGGUGAGCGGUGUUUUGAUAUCCAGAAACGCUUUGAGAGGUCUGUGUCAAUGUAAAGAUUGUCUGAAUUCUUCUACACCGGAAGAGAACUAUGCCAUAAUUAGCAUAGACACAGCAGCCCACGUGGUCUUUGACGACCUUGAGGGAGAACAUACCAUAUGCGACUUGUUCUUUGAUAGAGGAGAUAACCCAUACACCAACAGCAGCGUAGUCGCAUUGACUGGGGUCUCCGGCGUGCAAACCAGAGUUGUUGAAGACUUUUGUUACAGGGAACAUUACACUCAUGACAUGGAUCUGGCACAAAGACUUCAGGAGAUAAUGUAUCACAACUUUCAAGAAAAGGGACAUUUCUACUGUGAAAUGCUUUCGUUAUUUAAAGUCACACAGAGACGGGAUAUUCUACUCAAGCCGACAUUGUUGUUUCUAGUGUCGCACCCUCAUGGAUGUAGCAAAAAGGUCAGUCUGGGUCGCGCCACAAGAGUAAACGUUUUUAACGAUCGCAUCGUUUCAGUUUUAUACAACACGGCUUCAUGUCCGGGAUCUAGUGGUGCUCACGUAGGUAUGUUACAAAUGGAUGAAGACGUAAAGGGAAUUUCUGAAUAUAAACCUGAAAGGAGAGUUCAUCGUGGAUUCUAUGAUGUGCGACGUGGAAUCAACUUUUGUUAUGAAAAUACAGGUUAG